UUUAAAGGCAGUGCUUUAAUGCCUUUCUAGUUGCCGGGUUGAUCCUUCCUUCCGCGAUAUCCAACUUAUCUACGUGGGGGUCAUUAGACUCCAAGUAGAUCCGGAAAUGUUGAAUUCUCUCCUCUUCUUAUUGCGAUAUAAAAUGUUUUUUGUUUCAUUUCAUUUACAUUGGGAAAUAGAGAAACGAUCAUUGUGUUUUGUUAGUUUUAAAAACUUUUGAUAUAUUAGUAUUUUGCAUUAUAAGCAGUCAACCGAUUGACAAACUAGAAUUAUUUGAAUUCCGUGUGGAAAGAGCUCGGGUUAAUUUCGAGUGUUAUCUGCAAUCUAGAUGUUUAUAAAUCAUUUCAGUCGUUGAUAUAAUAAUUAAAGGUCGACUGAACAUGAAUUAUAUUAUACAAUUUAAAGCGCAUUUCUGUUUAUGCACGUGAACCCGUCUAACGUUAUUUUCGCAGUUAUAUAAAGUAGCAAAUUAUCGUUCCUGAAUAGGUGGCGCCGUGGUAGCGGAUCCUGUUCCUCUACUUCCGGUUUCUGCACUGUGCAACUAUUUCAGUUAUAUUUUUAAUUAACGAUGCCAAGUACUUGUUGUUGUGUACCUGGAUGUCAUUUAAGAGGAGGACAUGCAUUUCCAAAUGACUUAAAAAGAAGGAAAAGUUGGAUCAACGCCAUGGCCCAUACGCAGAUUGGACGAGAACACGAUGAUAUCGUGGAGUCCAUCUCAAUCAGCUGUUGUUUGCAAGGCACGUUUUACUGAAAAAGACUACGUGCAGGAAACUAUUCAUGAGUGCAAACCAACCAUACAGACUGAGAGACUUAAGUCUACUGCAAUUCCCAGCCUAUUUUCCUGGACCAAGCAAGAGACUGAAUCGUCCGCAAAAAGAAAAAUCAGGGCAGUUUCCUGUGAAAACAAAAGAACUAAACUUGAUGAAUAUUGUAGUAGAAAUCUAGAGGAAAGUUUUGAUUGUAAAGUUGGUUUUCCUGAAGAAGUCAUUCAUACUGCGGAAAGGAUUUAUGACUGUCCACCACCAACUGCCGAGCUAAUGUUGAGCUUCACAGAUGGAAUUACACAAACACCAUCAAUGCCUAUGUUUUCAGCAGAGAAUUUUGAAAUGAAGACACGUGACACAGCCAUGCAUUUUUAUACCAGUUUAGAGUUGUAUACUAAAUUUUUAUUUGUUUUGACCACACUUGGUCCAGCAGCACAUUGUUUGAGAUACAUAUAUUUUCAAAUUGAUAGGGUGUCAGUUGAAAAUCAGUUUUUUUAUGACUUUGAUGAAAUUGAGGCAUCAUACAACCAACUUUGAACUGUCUAGAUUCUAGAUUGAAUCUAGUGUUAAGAAUAUUGUGUAUACAUGGAUUGUUUUUAUGUCUAAACAGUGGUGUGAGGCUAACACUUGGCCAUCUAGUGGUUUAGUCAGGUAUUUUUCACCAUCCAACUUCAAAUUAAAGUUUCCUACGACUUGGAUUAUUAUUGACAGCACAGAAUAUCCCGUGAUAAAACCUAAAGCUCCUAGAGCUCAGGCAACCUUUUCAUCAAAUAAAAACAGAAACACUGAAAACUCUUGAAUGUUCGACACCUGGUGGUUUAGUCAACUAUGUCUCUAUGUCACAUAGAGCGAAUUAUUGGACUUGGCAAAACAUACAAAAUUCUAAUAAAUACUAUGAAUGGAACUGAAACUUUCAUCUGAAAUAACAUUUAGUUGUUUUAUGUUGUGUAAUUUUAGAACUUGUAUUGUGCCAAAGGAUGCAUAAAUAAAAGUGACGCAAUGAAUUUUGUUCUGAUAUAUAUAUAUUUACAAUUACA